AUGGUUGGAAAGACCCCUCCUAUCAAGGUUGGACCAUGGGGUAGGAGCAAAGGGAGUCCAUUUGACAUCACAAAGCCAUUCGAGCGUCUCGAAAGCGUGACGAUUCAGUUUGGCAGGGUCAUCAAUUCAUUUGGUUUCACCUAUGUUGAUGCCAUAGGCCAGAAGCACACAGUUGGCCCAGUUGACGGUGACGGCCGUGGGAAACUUACUACGGCAUCAGCAAUGGAACCUUGCAAGCAAGCUGCCAUGCUUGUUCUAUCUCGUCAGAGGAUUCGAACAAACUUAGAAACAUACGAGAUACAUGACACAGGGCUGAACGCCCAAGCGAAUACUAGUGUAGUGACUGAAUUUCCUUUUAGCGUCCCUCUGCCGGAGAACACUAGCAUCGUGGGAUUCUUUGGCCGUCAAGGGGACAAUCUCAAUGCCAUUGGCGUUUAUGUGAAGUCAUCAAGUUCCCUCGACACAGACACAACACAGGAAAGUUCAUUCUUAGGUGCUGCGGUCAAGAUUGGAGCAUCGGGUGGGGGUGGAGGGACGGAGUUUGAUGUCACAGAGCCACCCAUGCGCCUUGAAAGCAUGACCAUUCGCGCUGGCGACUCUGUUGAUUCAGUUGGAUUUUCCUACGUUGAUGAAACAGGCCACAAGCACACUGUAGGCCCAUUUGGCGGUACCGGCGGGCAACUUGCAACGAUAAAGCUUGCACCGGUGGAGUAUGUGCGGAGACUUUCCGGAACAAUUGGUCAGGCUUUUGGCUCUGAAGCAAGGAUGCUUGUGGCGUCGCUACAGAUUAGAACAAACAUCAGCGACGAUCAGUUCAGCAUCCCGUUGCCGGAGAACGUCAGCGUCGUGGGGUUCGGACGCGCAGGGAAUCUUCUUGACGCCAUUGGUGUUUACAUAGCUUACAAAUCCCCCAACUUCCCCAUCGCUCAUCAUGCAACUGAAGAAACCUCAGGUUACAAAGAUGAAGAAACCUCAAAGAACACAACCGCUACUACUUCCCAACCACCACUCACCAUCAUCACUGGACAGACCUUUCCCAUCAAGAUUGGGACGUGGGGUUCGUCGAAGAAAUCUUCGUUCUUGGGAGAGAAGUUUGGAAUCUUGGGGUGGAGGCCCGAGCCCGACGGAAUCCAGCUUGAACCAUCAGAGUAUGUGAAGCAUUUCUCUGGAACAACUGGUACCUAUGUCGGAUCACCGGUUGUGGCGUCCCUAACGAUUGAAACCAACUUACGGGUGUACGGGCCGUAUGGGAAAGAUCAGAACAAGCUUUUCAGCGUUCCCCUCCCUGAGACCGCCAGCGUUGUGGGCUUCUUUGGAAGUGCUGACAGCCAUCUUGAUGCGAUUGGCGUUUACACUGCAGAGACCCUUCCCAUCAAGGUUGGACCAUGGGGUGGGAGCAGAGGGGAUCCAUUUGGCAUCACAAAGGAACCUAAGCGUCUCGAGAGUGUCACGGCUCGGGUCGGCGCAUUCGUCAGUUCAUUUGGCUUCAGCUAUGUUGAUCUGGCAGGCCUGAAGCACACUGUUGGCCCGGCUGGCGGUAACGCUGGGAAGCUUAUUACGAUCCAGUUUGAACCAACGGAGUAUGUGAAGGAAUUCUCUGGAUCCGUCGGUCUCACACAAGGAGCAUGUGUUGUGACAUACCUCAGGAUUGAAACGAACCUGAAAGCAUAUGAGCUGUACGACGAAGGGACGGACCUGUUUCCAUCUCUGCCAGGUUUCGGCGUCCCCAUGCCGGAGAAGGAAGUUCCCUUCAGCAUCCCUGUGCCAGAGAACACCAGCAUUGUGGGGUUCUUCGGCCGUGCAGGGGGCGAUCAUCUUGACGCCAUUGGCGUCUACGCUGUUCCCAUCAAGAUUGGAGCAUGGGGUGGGGACGGUCACGGAGGGACAGAGUUUGAUGUCACGGAGCCACCCAAGCGCCUUGAAAGCAUGACUGUUCGUGCUGGCAACUCUGUCGAUUCGAUCGGAUUCUCCUACGCUGAUGAAGAAGGCCAGAAGCACGGUGUAGGUCCAUUUGGAGGUACCGGUGGGCAACUUACAACGAUCGAGUUUGCACCAGCGGAGUAUGUGAAGAAACUUUCCGGAACAAUUGGUCGCUCUUCUACCUCCGGAGGAAUGUCAUUCGUGGCGUCGCUAGAGAUUGAAACGAACAUCAGAACGUAUGGGCCAUACGGGAAAGCGCACAACGACUACCCAUUCAGCAUCCCGUUACCAGAGGAUUUUAGCAUCGUGGGAUUCUUCGGGCGUGCAGGGAGGCUUCCUGAUGCCGUUGGUGUUUACAUAGGCUACUCCAGAUCCCCCUUCACUGACGCAACUGAAGAAACGUCUAGUGACAAAGAUGGAGAAACCUCAAAGGACGAAGCCACUGCUUCCCCAGAAUCACAAACCAUCACCGAUGAACAGACUUUUCCUAUCAAGAUUGUGAUGUGGGGUUCGGGUGAAGGGAUGGAGUUUGAUGUUGCAGAGCCACCUAAGCGCCUCGAUGGUGUGAUGAUUCGAGCUGGCGACAUCAUUGAUUCAUUUGGCUUUUCCUAUACUGAUCGAGCUGGUAAGAAGCACACUGUAGGCCCAUACGGUGGCAGCGGUGGGAGUCUUACCUCGAUCCAGCUUGAGCCAACAGAGUAUGUGAAGCAUUUCUCUGGAACAACUGGUACUUAUGUUGGAUCACCAGCUGUGGCGUCGCAGAAGAUUGAAACCAACUUACGGGUGUAUGGACCGCAUGGAAAGGAGUAG